GCGGUUAGUGUUCGCCUCACGCGCGCCGUACGUGCUGGCGUCAAGGCGCGCGGCGCAGCGUCCUCUCGCCUGCCCCUCCGAAUGAAAGGGAAGGUCCCGGCGAGCGAGCGCCUCACCAGAGAGCGGCGGCGGCGGCGGAUCCGGUUCAGCUCUGCGGGGCUCUUCGCUCCUCUCGCCUCGCCCUCGUUUCUCGGCCUGAGAGGGCCCUGGGUUUUUGGUGUACCUUGGUUCUUCUUGCAACUGUCUGACAAGGUAGGUUGGUUUUCUCCCCAUAUUUGCGCAUCUAAGGGUGAGAAAACAGUAAUCCAUUGAUGGCACAAAAUAGUCUGUUUAGCAGAGCUAGAAAGUGUUUUUUGCCACACAGUGUUGGAGGCUGAGAUGACAAGAAAUGGGAAAAUCCAAGUGCCACCCUAUGCCAGCAGUCUGUGCUGAAGAAAGGAUGUCUCCCUUAACCUGUUGCCCUGUUAGUCCAUGCAUUCCUAGUUUUGGUCACACACUGUUGAGGGGUGAUGUGUCCUAAUCUGUAAAGGGGUAGGGACAAGGAAUUUGGGGAGAUGGUGUUGCUAUAGUAACACUUCUAUUCUGGGUAUUGGCUUCCCUUGUUGUAUAAUAAGAACGUAAGAAAAGGCAUAGACCAGCACAUCCCAUUUUCCAUAAGGGAAUCUCCAAAACUGAGCAUGUCUACAAUAUUCUCCCAUUGUCUCCCAGCAACUGAUAUUCAGAAACAUCCUGUUUGCAGUCUUGGAGGUAGCUUAUAGCCAUCAUGACUAGUAGCCAUGGAUUGGCUAAAUACCUUUUAAGCUUUCCAAGUUGAGGGCCAUCCUCAAGCCCUGUGGAAAUGAAAAGUUCUCCUCCUCCUCUUGCUGGAAUUUCCCACUUUCAGCUUCAGAUGAUGACUUACACUCAUGAGAAAGUAACAGGUUUCUUCAUACCAUGCAUUAUUUUGUACUGUUCUGUCUUGUUCUGUCUUCCUCACCUUUCCCCCCUAAACUAAAUAGCUCAAGCAUUGUUGCCUUUUCUCACUGAGGAAUCUCAGUAUAAAUGUCUAUGAUGGCAUUACAAUAUUGGCAGUUUUACUUUCAACCAAAAGAGCUCUGAAUUUUGUGGUUCAAGGGAUCAGAUUGCACUGGCCGUCUUUGGUAUUUUCCCUGUGACUUUGCUGCUUUUUGGAAGCAGGCAAGAGCGAAGGAUGUUUGCUAGGGUCUUGUUAUAAAAAACUUUUGUGGCUGCCAGAAGCUGCAUGUUACGUACAAUGGAAAAUCCCUGCCCUGAACCAUAUGAAGAUUCUUAAUGAUCUCUAGAGCUUAUUAACAUUUGGGUUUUGUGUUAAUGGCCCUAGAUAGAAAUCAGAAUCCAUUCUGCUGAGCAGACCCUGGUUUCCAGGGUAUUGGGGCUUGACUGAUUCAGGCAAAGUUUGGGAAGGCAAACUGAUUUAAAGAUGCUUGUCCAAGCAUCUAGGCAACAUGCAGUGGCUUUGUAAUUGUAUUGCCUAUUUAGACUGCCAAAGCUCAUCUCUUACAGAUGCCAGCAGCUUCCACGUGUGUUCAGUUCUAAGAUUUGGUGCCCUUACUAUAACAUUUAUGUUAGGCUGUUUUCUCAAAGAUUUGUUUCUUUGGCCAGUUACGAAAAAGUUCAGAGAACAAGAUUUUUGCAGCUAUCUCCAGCUUCGUGUACCUGUGGGAGAAAUCCCUUUGACCUGGCAAGUGUACUGUUAUUGUAACAAUUGUUAAAAUGUCUGUAUAGAAACACAGAAACAGAGUGAGUCAGAAGGGGUCUCCCGGGCCAUCUAGUCUGACCUCCAGCACCGGCCGGCUGCUCUCACGAUUAGAAUAUAUGUUCCUAAAAAGGUGCCUCAGGACACAUCUUUGUUACCUCUUAAGAUCAACCUCAGAUUCAAAUAGAGGGAUAGUCAGUUUCCUCACCACAUUGUUCCAAAGCAAUUUAGGGACCCAUAGGUUGAAAUUGACUCUUUGAAUUUUGCCUUAUUCAUAGCUAUAAAUGUUCAAGAACUGGUGUAAUAUAUUCCUGGUUACUUGCCAUUGCUGGCUGUGUGUAUGCAGCAUAAUUACUGGUGAAAGUACAGAUGUCAUUUGGCUUGGCCUGGAUGUUUUUAGCAAAAAUAAUGAUACAAUUUGUGCUGCAUAAGCCCCACUGUUAAUUUACCUAAGAAAUGCACGUUUAGGUGUGUAGGCUAACAUUCUAUAUACAUGGAGAUGUAAAGGUAUGCAAAGGAUAAAUUUGUGUCUGCCAUAUCAUGUAUCAAACAGAUGCAUGUGUUGAAAAACCAGAACUGACUGCCCUUUCUUGGCAAGCACGCUCUUAGUAACAAACCUACAAAUCUUUAUGUGGAUUACAUGCAGGUCUGCUUCUCAUAUUGAUCUUUUAAUCAAAUGAAUGUAUGUCUUUGGCCAGACUUUAGGAUAGAGGAAAACAAAGAUGUUAAAACUUAAUUCAAACCAACAGAAGUGUUCUCGGCCUGAAAAUCUGCAGGUCUAGAUAGUAGGGUGCUGCUGGAUUGUGUUCAGUAAAGGGCCAGGUGCAUAUAUCGUGACUACUGGGGUAUGUGGUACUCUCUCUAGAGGUCCAGGUGUCAUAAGGGGCCAAUAAUGUGUUUUUUUAAAUCAGAUUAGAGAAGGGCAUGGUUAUUUGCCAUGCACAGGUACAGGUCUGCCCUUAAAGAUACUUCAGUUGAUGCACAGUGCAGCAGUGAAGGCACAUUUAGGAAUCACCUUGCAUUGCACUGAGCCUGCAAUGGUUGAACUGGCUUCUUAUCCCAUUAUGCAUACUGUGUCAUGGAUGCAUUGGCUUCCUUUUGUUUACAAGCCUGAUUUGGAGUGGUGGGAUUAAAUUUGAAAUCCUGAAACAAUUUGGUUCUGCAUUUUUAUGUACCUUGCCAAAUCUGAAGAUUGACACCUGCAAUCUGCUUCCUGGAACACCACUAAGAGUUGUCGAACUGAAGAGUGCCAGGGACAGAGCCCUUUCUGUGUGGCUUUGUGAUUCUGGGAUUCCCUGCCCAGGGAAAUAAAUUUGGCCCCCUCCUUGUUGCUCUUUAGGUGGGUUCUGAAGAGCUUUUUACUCCAUUCAACUUCUGGAUUCUUUGUGGUAUUUUAACUAUUUUAUCUGCUUCAUCUAUUUAAAAGUUUUUAUUUGCUGAUAUUAUUUUAGAUAAUUGGGUAAAACAAUAGUUUUUAAUAGGUUAAUGUUCUGUGGGAUCUUACAAUUAUUAUUACAUUGUUUGUUUUAUAGAAUAUUAUAUGCUGAUAUGGGAGGAUAAUUUAUCAUGAAGUGCUUUAAAAACAGUUAAUCAAAUUAAAUGUGUGCCCUGUUCUGCUUAAAGCUUUUCCUUCUGUGCUCACAUAUGGCCAGAGCUAAGAGUUUUAAAGUCCAAUUGCACUUCAGUCUAAGCACUUAACUUCAUUAAAAUCAGUGCUGAACUUGUUGAAUUGUGGCCUUACUAUUUUGUUAAAGGGUUUUGAAGGGGAGGGUCUACUAGGGCCACUGUGUGCCUCAGCUGCCACAUGUUUUCAGAAAUACAUUUUAGUAUGGUUCUUCUGCAAUCCCAAAAAAUGUGUUGCUAUUUUUCUUAAUUCCUUUUUCAUUUCUGAGGACCAGACAUAAAGUCUUCCAGUUUAAAGCUGUCUUUCAGAAAUAGUAUUAGUCUGUCUAGUUUCUUUGGCCCAAAAGUACUUAACUUACUGAAUGAAAGAAUAUUCUUUUCUAUGUAUUAUUACUGCACAAAUUCUUUUACAGAUGCAGGAAAUCUCAAACAUUCUUUAAUUUAUUUAGGACAUAGAGAUGAAACUAACAUGUUUGGCCAUUUUCAGAUCUCUGAAUCCCCUUGGGAAAAUGACAUGCUGGGUCUUGACUCAAGCAGCUAAGUGGAGCAUGAUGGCAAGCUCUUGAAUUUCCCUCCUUAUUCUUGGCUUAGGGUGACAUCACAGCUACUUCCCCUCCUUUGGUGCUGAACAAAGUCUGCAGUUUGAGAGUGGGGCGACUGUUAGUUGCUUGGAGCCAGCCUUUUUUCCCAUGCUUUAGGAAUUGUCAGUUUAGAAAAGUGUAGCGAGGCCACAAGCAGGGCUUAAGACACAAUAGCCAUUCAUGGAGGGAAACGGCCGCAUUUUUAUCUUUGUUUGCAUCAAGAAUGCUAUGCCACAGAGGGGAAAAAAACUAGAAUAUCACCAAAGGGGGUGUGGUUUCCCUUACAAGCCUUAUUCUACUACAGUUACAUGGGUUAUCUAAUUCUCAUAAGGAAGGCCUUAGCUUAGAACAUACUAAUGAUCCUUUAAACAUAGCAAAGUAGCCUUUCAAGUAAGAAGUUGGGAUCCUGUGUUUUGUGCAUGAAAUAUGUUUAGAAUGCAUUUCAAUGUAUUUUGCAGUAUUGCUUUUUCAUUUUUUAAUAUUUUCAUUAAAAAGUAGAAUAUAGAAAAAGAAAAAAGAUACAAAGGGACAUUUCACAAAUUCUACAUAUAUCAAUAUUUUUAAGUCAGAAAAAGUAAUUGUUAUCUCUUCUACACUCAGUUAAAUUGAUACUGCAAUAAUUAAUCUUAAUUCUUUGAUCCUACAGUUGGGAUUCCAUGGGAGAAACUUAUGCCAUCCACAGGGAUAAGUAUUGGCCUGCGGGACAGAAGCCGUGUGUGCUUAAUAUAUUAUGCUCCUUGUUCUCAGGAAACAAAUGUGUUCCCUUACAGCUGAGGUUACUUACCUAGAGAAUCAGGGAGGGAGGGAAGGAAGGAGGGGCUGGUGGAUGAGCCUUGUGGGACCAAAUAGCAGUAUUCCAAUCCCUGAGGGACAGUUCUUCUGCUGUCCUAGAGAAUAGGGGUCUUGGAAGGAUGGCAGCAUUCUGAAGAAAAGGGAAAUGGUCCAUUAGCAAAGAUCCUUUGCACAGUAGAUAAGGAGGUUGUGAUAAUGGGAGAGCUGAUCACUAGGCAGCUAAUUUUGUGAUGGUCAUGUAGGCCUAUAAACUGCCUGCAUGGAUGAAGGUUGUGGAUAUCAUAAGCUGUCCAUAUAACUUUCCUGAGUGCUGGGGUAGAGUUAGUGGUCAUGGUUCAUGCUGGUAUCAGUGAAGCUAAAUUAAACAUUUUCAACGAUCACUGUAGAAAAGUUAGGACAGACACAGAAUGCAUUAACUUACAAAAUGCAUUGGAUGAGGUCUUCCACCAGUGACCUCUGGACAGACAGAAGAAGAUAAGAGAAGGAGUCUUCUUAUGGAUCCAUAUUGGGUUAAAGCACAAAAAGCAAACAAAAGGGAGAAAUGGUAAAUUCUUCCCUAUGGAAGAAUGAAAGCAGAGUACAACAUGCUGGGAAACAUGGGAAGGUGCUACUGUACUUCGGUGCUGCUUGUGGGUUUCUUGUAAGAAUCAGGUCAACCUCUGAGAAGAAUGCUGGACUGUAUUGAUUUGGUCUGAUCCAGCAUGACUGCUCUGAACGCUUUUUGUAUCAAUGUAACAUCAACAUUCCUUUGAAAUUUGUCAAAGGAAUCUCAGUAUAAGAAUAUUUGUGUCUGUCCAGGUGUUUAUACAACGGCUUGUGCAUCCCUAAAGACAAACUUAAUAUAUUGUAGUAUACAUUUUUGUGUAGCAUAAAUUACAGCUCAGUUCAUCAGAGGUAUGAAGUGUCACUCCGAGGUACAAUUGUACGCAUUGCAUGUAUGUUGCUGGUGGAAUUAAGAAAAUGAAGCACCAACAAUUGCUAUUGACAGUGGCCUUUCAUAAAACAAGUGGUUGGUGAUAACACAGGCAUUUUUGCAUUGGGAAGCUAACCUAUGUAACAUGAUGGAAAAAGCUUUUAUCCGAAUUCCAACCACAAAUUUUAGAAUAAAUUGGUUUUGAAGUUCUUUUAUUCAAGGCUAGCCACCUUAAGACCAGCUAGAGAGGACAUGGGAAAUGGUAUUGUAUCAAGCCAGACUAUUGAUCUCUAGGAAUUCAUAGUGAGAUAUUUCUUUGUCCUAUCUGGAGAGACUGGAUUGAACCUUUUAUAUGUUCCAGAUAUCCCAACUUUUUCUUUAAAUGUAAAAUAGAGAAAAUGUAGGUUGGUAGAUGAUGCUAAACUUGUUCCAGAUAGGUGGUAUACUUGAGACUAAUCAGAUCCCACUUCCUUCCAUGCACACCACUUCAUUGAUCUUCUGGCAAUAAAUGUGGCUGUUACCCAGCUGAGUUUUUCAAUCUAUCCUCAUGCUGAUAGAUGUUGGCUGAUAAUUGCAAUGCUAAUUAUAUGAAUUCAUAUCCAGAUUAAUACCUGCAUGGCUAAGAAUGUUGUGUGCAUUUUAUUUGCACAAGUAAGUUUCUGAACAUUGGGCUUCUAUUUGUCUGGUGCAUGGAGUGAGGCUCUGCCACCAUCUUUGUCCAUGCAUUUUAUCUGAAUGGCCAUUUGCAGGUAUUUACAUAAAGCACCAGGGAGAAGCGGAAAGUAGUUGAGCUGGGGUGCUGGCAAGAACUGAUAUAAGCUAUUUAUUUAUUUAUUUAUUUAUGAACUGAUAUAAGCUAUCUCUAUCUAUCUAUCUAUCUAUCUGGGUAUUUCUAACCCGUCCAUUACAGUUUGUCUCUGGACAGCUUACAGUAUAAAACGCCUAAUAAAUACAACAUAAUAACACAUGACUGAGGAUAAAAACAUAAUUAAAAUAUUUAAACUUUAAAAUAUCGGGUAAAUAAAAAGGUAUUGACCUGGCACCGAAAAGCUGUCAACUCCAGCAUCUCCCCUUCCCACUGCCCGCCACACCCCUUCUCUCCUCCAAGACCCAGUUGCACAGCUUGUUCUGUGCCAGCUGUGAAGGGCAUGAGGUGGGGACUCAUCCUUUGAAGUCCCAACUCUGGGGUUCUAAGAGCUUGGAGCUGGGCCUCCAAAUAAUCAUGUACCCCCCACCCACCCAAAGCCAGGAGCCCAUAGGGUGGUGCUCUUAAAGUGCUUAUACUUUACAGCUACAUGAUACAUAUGACAGAUUCUGGCCAGAGAUGUAAUCUGUUACCUUCCAGAAAGUUUUGUUUUAACAGGACAAUAUGAAAAUGAUUUCUGUGAAUGUCCUUGAUUUUAGCUUUGAUAGAGUCUAGCAUGUAAAAUGCUAAAUAAAGAGUGCAAAAUUAAUAGCAUUUCUAUUAGUUUCAUUAAAAAUGACCUGAGUAUAGCUACAAUUGAAGCUGAGGUAUUUUAGUUCCUUGCUUAUUUCAUAGAACAUUUUGCUGUGCCUGCAUUUUCAAAGUGUAAAAAUACUCUUUUUGGGUUCUCUUGCUGACCCAGAUCCUUUGCUAGUGAAGUGAAUUCUCCUGUUACUAUGUCAACAAAAAUGUGUAGCAAUUACUAGGUCUGUUGUGGAAAAAAAGUUGUAAGGGGAGUUUGUCUUUAGCAGGGCUAAAAAAUAAAAAAUCAAGGUGCCUUAUUGAGUUCCUCUAACAGUUGAUAUCUUGAUAUAAAUGCCUAGAAAUUAUUGCUUUUUCCAAUUCCCACAGUUACACACUCUAGAAACAUUAGAUUCUUUUUUUGGAUGUGAUCAUACUCUUGGUGAGAUCAUCUAAUUUCGAGGCAUAAAUUAUAGCUGGAAAAAAUGCAACCAAAAUGAUCAGGGGGCUGGAGUAACUCCUGCAGGAAGGACUGCAACAUUUUUUCAGUUUAAAUAAGACUAAUGUGGAUUCAUGAGUGAGGUUUAUAGAAUGGUGCAUGGUGGGGAGAAAGUUUCCUCUGUCUGUCAUAAUAUUGGCAAUCUGGGCAUCCAAAGAAAUUGAUUUCCAAGGAAUGGGAGGCAGACAAAAGAGUCCUUCAUGCAACACAUCUGUUUUGGAAUUUUCUGCCGCUAGAUGUGGUGAUAGCCACUGGCUUCAGUUGCUUUAAAAGUAGAUGGGCAGAAACGUGGAGGAUGUGUGAAAGGCUUUUAGUCAUUCUGGCUACAGAGAACGUUCUCCUUCCGGGUGGUAUGGCAGAAUAAUGCCAGUUGCUGAGGAGCAACAAUAGAAGAGUUGCCUUCAUGAGUGCCCAGCGUCUGAGUGGGCAUGGCACUUCUUCUCCCUUGUGUUUUAGCCUUAAUUUUUGGAACUUCCUUUCUUUGAGGAUGCUUCCCUUUGGGGUUUCUGAUGCAAUAUUUAUUUCCUCAGAGCUAAAACCUUGGAAAUAUGCAGAUUUAUUUAGAAAAUUGUACCAGCCACUCCCAUGUCCCACCCUCGAAGAGGCUGUUAAUAAGGAAUGUUACAUACCUAAUGAAGUGGAGAGAGGCUGUUAUUAUAUGUUUUUCCCCACUACAGCAUUGACAAGGAUUGAAGUGGCGUUCUUCAAGCCAUUUUAGAAAUCAUGUCAAGCUCAGUCGGACAGAAAAAGGGGCCCGGGAGGCAGCGCAAAUGUGGCUUUUGCAAAUCCAACAAAGAUAAGGAAUGCGGGCAGCUACUGCUCUCUGAAAACCAGAAGGUGGCAGCACAUCAUAAAUGUAUGCUUUUCUCAUCUGCCCUGGUAUCUUCACACUCUGAUAACGAGAGUCUUGGAGGCUUUUCCAUUGAAGAUGUGCAGAAGGAAAUAAAAAGAGGUACCAAGCUGAUGUGUUCAUCAUGCCAUUGUCCAGGGGCAACCAUUGGUUGUGAUGUAAAAACUUGCCGCAAGACAUAUCACUAUUAUUGUGCCAUGCGUGAUAAAGCUCAAAUCCGAGAGAAACCUUCCCAAGGCAUUUACAUGAUAUUAUGUCGAAAACACAAGAAAGCACCACACAACUCUGAAGAUUUAGAAGAAGGUCUUAAUGAACAUGAGUUGGAAACAUCCCCUCCUAAAAAGAGGGGGCGCAAAGGAAGGCCCAGAAAAAUGAGUCUCAAAGGGCAGUUGGAAGAUGCUCGAUCCACAUCUUCGCACGGCACAGAUGAUGUAGAAAGCAGUUCUUAUAGAGACAGAUCACCCCACAGAAGCAGUCCCAAUGAUACAAAACCUAAAUGUGGAUUCUGUCAUGCAGGUGAAGAAGAAAAUGAAGCUAGAGGGAAGCUUCAUAUAUUCAAUGCCAAAAAGGCAGCUGCACAUUACAAGUGCAUGUUGUUCUCUUCUGGCACUGUACAACUGACAACAACGUCAAGGGCAGAGUUUGGUGACUUUGAUAUUAAAACUGUACUUCAAGAAAUCAAGCGAGGGAAAAGAAUGAAAUGCACACUCUGUAGUCAGUCUGGCGCUACUAUUGGAUGUGAAAUAAAAGCUUGUAUCAAGACUUACCAUUACCACUGUGGAGUCCAAGACAAAGCAAAAUACAUUGAGAACAUGUCACGAGGAAUUUAUAAGCUUUACUGUAAAAACCAUAGUGGAAAUGAUGAACGAGAUGAAGAAGAUGAAGAACGAGAAAGCAAAAGCCGUGAGAAGUCAGCAGCUGACCAGAGUGGAGCUCCUCAGCAGCAGCUGAAUGGAAAUUAGGUUCAAGUUGACAGAGUUAAACUGGGAAUGAAUAAGACAUCUGUACUUACUAACCUUUGUUUGAAAAAAAUGCUUUAUAAAGUCAGAAAGGGUUAGUAACUUUUUUUUUUACUGCCUGUUAGAAAUGUCAUUGAACUGCCUGAAAUGUUCCUGUGUGUGAGCGCCUUCAAUGAGCAGCAGAAUUUUUUUAAUAUGUCCAUAUUAUGUAGUUAGUUAGUCUGCAGUGUCUGGAGAAAACACACACACACCUUGAAACACUAUAUAAAUGAGAUGUAACAUGUACAGUGUCAAAGCUGAGGCAGACAUGGAAAUAUUAAGCUUUGUUUCUGAACUGAAUACAUUUUUCUGAGAUUUGGGAUACAUUAAAUUCAGUGGAUUGUGCACCAUGCGAAGGUCAGAAGUUUAACUUGCAGAGCGGAUAUGCUUGUGUGGUGACAGCAAGACUGCAAAUGCAUUUUGCAUUUACCUUCACAUGCAAACUAUGAAGGCAAACCAGGAGGGAAGCUGCUGACCCUUUUGCAAAAGCACACCAAGAAACAAAAAGAAUUCUGCAGCUCCAGAAGCGUGCUUGAACCAUUUGGCUUAUUCCUGCAACAGCGGUUUCUACUGGCUGGCAUUCCUUGCUUGGAGACCUGUCAUGCUGCUGUUGAUGACAAACUGAGCUUCAGUACUCAUGCCAAAGGGCUGUCGUUCAUUCCUCUUCUCCCAACCUGCCCUGCCUUUUCCUGCCCUAUCCAUUCACUUCUUGUUUUCCUCUUCCUGCUUUAACCUGUGGCUAAUCGCAACUGAAUACCAAGUGGUCCCUUCUGGAAGCUGCAACCCUCCCAACCUCUCUUAGAUCUCAAAGUUAUUGCUUAACUCUCACUAUGGAAUUUAGCCACCUUUAUUGGACAUCAUACCUCAAGUGCUCUGUGCUGCGUGGAACACAUCAUGUUUUGUCCAAAUAUAAAUAUAUAUAUACAGAUCCUGUAUGCUGUAAGAAGAAUGCAGAAUAAGACUCUGGGUUUUGUUGUUUUUUUUUUAAAGAGGUCAGUAUUUAUUUUGAGUCUUGUGACCACUAUAUGAGAAUGUUUAGUAUUCAAUUAAGGUUUCCUGGCAAAUCAGCAAGAUAAAUGCUGUUUAAAUCUACAGAAUGCUCUAUUGGAGCCUAAUUAGCUUGAAAUUAUGCUAAGUCUUAACAUCCCAGUUAUGAUGUCAUAGAACCCUGGUAUGCCUAGUAGUUUCUUUGAUUGGUCUGGUCAAACUUAUUUUAAACACAACCAAAAAAGUCACACUUGUUAGCAAACUAUAGAUUCUAUUCUUAUCUCUUGAAUGUGAGGCAAAGCAGCAAAUGGAAGUAUCCUAACAAUUGGAUGGAAAAUUGAGAAGAUUCAGUAGCAGUUGAUUCUCCAAAAAGCUUUUCAUUAUAUGAUCUAUGUCUCUGAAGCCUUGUUUAAUUUCAUUUUUUAACCUUUUAUUGUCUCAUUUUUUAAAAUGCAUUUCAUUGUCUCAAGGGACUCAACUAUUGUGUAUAAGAACUUCAAAGACUCUCAAGUUGGAAUUCAAUCCGUUUGGGUUUGAAAACUUCCGGGAAGAAUGCAGUUUUAGUAGAAAAGUUGUGUAUAAAAAUAAAUCUGUUAACUUGAUCUUAUGCCAUUGACCAAUUUUUUAUUUUGUAUUGUAACUUUCAAGAUUAAAGGCGCAACUUGUACUGAAA